GGCCGGUAUGGCGGGCGGGGCCGUCAUGGCGGGCAGCGCCGAGGAGGGGUUGUACUCGCGGCAGCUGUACGUGCUGGGCGGCGGCGCACGCCGGUUGUCCGGGGCAGCGGUGCUGGUGUCGGGGCUCCGCGGGACAGGAGCGCAGGUGGCAGCGGCGCUGGUGCUGGCAGGGACCGGGCGCUUCGUGUUGCACGACCGCGGAGAGGCUUCCCUAGCCGACCGAGGCCAGCAGUUCCUCCUGCGGGAGAGCGACAUAGGGCAGAACUGAGCUGAGGCAUCCCGGCGGGCCCUGGCCGAGCUGAACCCCUGCGUGGCAGUGGUGGCUUACACCGGGGAGCUGUCAGAGGCCUUCCUCACCUCCUUCCAGCAGAGCCCAUUCACAGCACAGGCACACGUGGUGGUGCUGACCGAGUCCCCGCUGGAAGAGCAGAUCCGCAUUGGGAACUUCUGCCAUGCCCAAGGCAUCUGCUUCAUCGUGGCUGACGCUAAGGGGCUGGUGGGGCAGCUGUUCUGCGACUUUGGGGAGCACUUCAUCAUUAAUGACCCAGCAGAAGGGGAGCCGGUAUGUGCUGCCGUGAAGCACAUCUCCAAGGGCAACCCGGGCAUAGUGACAUGCACGGGGAUGGAGGGCAGCUGUGGCCACCUCUUCAGUGAUGGUGACCUGGUGACAUUUUCUGGUGUGGAGGGGAUGACGGAGCUGAACGGCCUGGAGCCUGUCCCCGUGCAAGUGAUGGAUGCCUUCAGGCUGAAGAUUGGUGACACCAGGUCCUUCUCGCGCUACCGCUGCAGGGGCCUGGUUUCGCAGGUGCGGCUGCCCCAGGUGUGCUCCUAUAAGCCCCUGUCCCAGGCACUGGCAGAGCCGAAGAUCCAAGUGGCAAAUCCUGAGGAGCUGCCGCGCAGCCGCAGCCUCCAUGCUGCCUUCCAGGCCCUGCACGCUUUCUGUAAGGAGCAGGGUCGCCUGCCCCGGCCCAGGGCACCAGUGGAUGCCAAGCGGGUGCUGGAGCUGGCGUGGAGCCUGGCGGUGCAGCCUGGUCCCCUGGACGAGGACGUCGUGCGAGCCUUUGCAAGCGUCAGUGCAGGGGAUCUGUGCCCUGUGGCUGCUGUUGUCGGGGCCGUGGCAGCCCAGGAGGCCCUGAAGGCCAUCACUGGGAAGUUCCUGCCCCUAGACCAGUGGUUGUACUUCGAUGCCCUUGAGUGCCUGGCGCUGGAGGGGGUCACACAGCUGACAGAGGAGGACUGUGUCCCGAGGGGCUCUCGCUAUGAUGGGCAGAUUGCCGUCUUCGGGGCCGCAUUCCAAGAGCUGCUGGGCCGCCAGAAGUACUUGGUGGUGGGAGCUGGUGCUAUCGGCUGCGAGCUGCUCAAAAACUUUGCCAUGAUGGGGCUGGCGGCCGGGCCAGAGGGGCACAUCACUGUCACUGACAUGGACACCGUCGCCCUCUCCAACCUCCAUCGGCAGCUCCUCUACCGUUCAGCAGAUGUAUUGAAGCCAAAGUCAGUGGUGGCUGCAGCGGCUGUGCGGCGCAUGAACCCCGAUAUCAGAGUGACAGCUCAUCAGAAUCAGGUGGGACCUGCCACCGAGAUGCUCUACAGGGAUGAUUUCUUCCGGCACCUGGAUGGUGUUGCCAGUGCCCUGGACACACUGGAGGCACGUGCCUACUUGGAGAGCUGCUGCUUCCGCUACCUCACGCCACUGCUGGACUCGGGUACGGAGGGACCACGGGGGAACGUACUGGCCAUGGUGCCCCACCUGACCAAGCUGCUGGGGCCGGCUGCUGCCCCUGAGGAUGACACCUUCCCUGUCUGCACCCUCCGGUACUUCCCUCACACCAUCCAGCACACACUGCAGUGGGCCACGCGCAGGAUAUGGCCCCAGCUGCUUCCUGCUGGCAGCGCAAGCUUUACCGCUGGCCCCAGCCCCAGCAUGGCCUCUCCCUCCCCCUGGGCUUCGGAUGGGGGUGACGUGAUUGUGGAGUCCCAGUACUCAACACCUGCUCCCCCUCCACAGUGGGCCCGUGAUGAGUUUGAGGGGCUUUUCCAGCUGCCUGCGGAGCAUGUCAAUCACUUCAUGGAAGAUCCGGCUUUCCCAGAGCAGCUGCCAACAGGGAAGGCCGUGGAGGUCCUGGAACAAGUGUGGAGGAGCCUUCAGGAGCGGCCACGGGACUGGCAGGACUGCGUUCGCUGGGCCCGCCGGCACUGGCAGAGCUGCUGCCAUGAUGCCGUUGCCCAGCUGCUGCACACCUUCCCCCCGGAGCAUGAAGUCAGGCCGGGUGUCCCCUUCUGGGCAUGGGACAGGACCUGUCCCCAUCCACUGAUAUUCAACCCUGACAAUGACACCCACCUGGAGUACAUCAUGUCUGCUGCCCACCUCUUUGCCCAGUCACACAAGAUACCACCAUGCAGCGACCGUGCAUCCGCCCAGACUGUCCUCCGCAGUGUGGUCCUGCCACCCUUCGUGCCGCAGGAGGGAUUCCAGAUCCACUUCACAGAGGAGCAGGAGGAGGUGCUGGCAGAUGACAAGAGACUGGAAGAGCUCACCCGGGACCUGGGGCAGCAGUGACAGGAGCUGAUAGGGGGUGAAGAAGCACAAGUGCCCCUGAUGGAGCCCAUCCACUUUGAGAAGGACAAUGACAUCCACAUAGACUUUAUCACAGCAGCAUCGAACCUGCGUGCAGAGAGCUACAGCAUCCCUGCCGCCAGCUGGCUGAUGAGCAAGCAGAUCACAGGGCGGAUCGUGCCUGCCAUCAUCACCACCACAGCGGCCGUGGCUGGGCUGGCGUGCCUGGAGGUCUACAAGCUGGUGUGGGGGUGCCAGGACCUCAGUUGCUACCGCAACAGCAACUUCUCCCUGUCUGACUGCCUGCUGCUCCGCUUCCAGCCCCCGCCAUCUUCUGUCUACUGGUACUGUGGGCGGGAGUGGAGCUGCUGGGACCGGCUGGAGAUACAGGCAGUCAGUGCAGACGGGGAGGAGAUGACAGUCCAGAACAUACUAGACUGGAUGCAGAGGACACAUGGCUGGACCGUGACCAUGCUCCUGCAUGGUUUCACUGUACUCUAUGACAGCGGGGAGAAUGAAGGAAUACGAGCCCUGAUGCAGAAACAGAGGUUAUCAGCAACCCUGGAAAAUGCCGGGGAGCCACAGCAGCGGGUGCUGAAGCUGGAGUAUGUGUGCGAGGAAGAGGAUGCUGAGACUGAAGCUACCCGUCCCCCUCUCAUGUGCUUCCUACCCUGAGGGAGGGCUGGCAUCCCCGACCCCCUGCAAUAAAAG